UGUGUUAUCAUGACUCUGCUGAAUUAUAGCUCGUAUGAGGAGUAUCUCGAUCACUUUAUCACGGUGAACGAUGUGCGCUAUAUGCGUAACUGGAACCUCAGCAGGAAAUUCAUACAGAACGCUUGUGGCAAGAGCUGUAUGGGUCGCCUGCUGAGUCGUUCGGAGUACACGGAGCAGCGCAAUAAACUGGAGAAUAUGUUGAAGCCACGUGCCAUAAGUGAAUCUACACUCUUCGGAGAAGGCUACCGUGGAUCUGAUCAUGUGUUGACGCAGUUUGCCAAGCGCGAAUUUCAGCUGCUCAACAGACAAAUGUCGACCAUUAUCUUUCUCGUAAUGCGCUCAAAGAAAGGUUUGGAAGUGUCGGGUUUUAUUGACUUGGAACAAACUUUGCGAGAAUCGCGCUUUAAGAACUCACAACAAUAUGUUAAUUGGCCAGCCAUAUUUGAGGGUAAGGACAAGUUGAUGCCAGAAGCCCAUCACCUGAGCUUCUUUGACUGGAACAAGAGCAAGGUGGUCUACAACGACAGCGACAACUUUAAGAUAAUCUCCGAGGGAGCACACAGUCUGCUGAUGAUGCAUCGAGGCGAUCACAAGAUCAUCUGUGUGAAUGCUGGCUGCCAUUGUGAUUAUAUGAAGAACGCCCAACGUAGCAUUUACAGUUCCAGCAUUUAUGGCCAAUGUAUUUUCUUUGACCAUGUCAUAAGACGCAUCAAUUAGGCAGGCUUAUAGUCCCAGCUGUCAUGGGGCUUAAAGUUGUCGAAACAGCCCGCAAUUAUAAACAGAAAAUAUGACACAUUGAUUAUAUACUCCUUAUACCA